AUGGCGACGGCGGCGGCGGCGCGAAGCUCCCUCACGACGUCGCCGUCGAGAUCCUGAAGUGGUUGCCGGCGAGAUCCCUACUCCGAUUUAGGUGCGUCUGCCGAUCGUGGCGUUCCGCCAUCGACGACCCUCGUUUCGUGGCCCUCCACUUGAGCCACUCCGCCCUCCACGCCUCCAGUCGGCAUCUCGCGUGUCUAGAUUGCGGCGACGACGCCGUCCAGAACCGGUGCUCUCUGUUCCCCAACGCCCCUCUCGCCCUGCUUCCUCCCCCGUCGCAAAUCGAAAUCCCGUUCGUUGCUCCUCCCAACCAUUACGCCCUCGUCGGUUCGUGUAACGGUUUGAUCUGCGUCUCGGAGAGUUCCAGUGACGGCACUGAGCGGGCGCUGUAUUUUGGAAUCUAUUCACCAGGAAGCAUAAGGCGGUUCGGCUCCCCCGUCCGGAGCGGAUGCGACCCCAAGGGGGCGCUCAUGUAGUUCUGGGGUUUUGUUUCGAUGCGAAGUCUAAUGACUAUCGUGUUGUCAGGAUUAUCCGCAACAAGAAGCCUCGAGUCGAGGUUUAUUCGUUCCGUACAGAUUCAUGGAAGACCUUGGAAUGUGAGGUUCCUUUUCUCUGUGACAGUGCGGUCUUCUUGAAUGGGAACCUGCACUGGUAUUCUGUCAAUGAAGAGGGGGGUGAAUACGGAUCCAUAGUCUUGUUCAAUGUCGCAGAUGAGGUGUUUGAUGAAAUAGCUCUGCCGGAAGGGAUCAGUCCCCAUUUUGAGUUUGUGUUGUCCCUGACGGUAUUGAAUGACUCGCUGGCUGUGUUCUUUGGUGAUGGGGAGGCUUGUUUCGUUUGGGUUAUGAAAGACUACGGCGUGCCAGAGUCUUGGACUAAGCUGUAUACUUUCGAGGCUACUGGACCGGUAACAAGACUUGAUGGCUUUACAUGGAAUGGCGAGCUUCUUAUGGAAAUAAAUUUCGAAGAACGAGUUUCUUGGAAUCCGAUCACAGCACAACUCUCAAUUCUUCCAUUAUUGGCGAGAUACGAAUUGCUCCCCGUUGUAGAGAGCCUCGUUCCACCUUAGAUAAUAGAUAUGACUCGAUUGCUGCUAUAUCGGUAAAGAUUAAUUCUGACUGCUGAAAAGUUGAAAGUUACAUCUGAAUUGAAUUGAAAAGAUGUAGUUUUAUUUUUAUUUUUUUUUGGGUAAAGGAGAAGAUAUGAUUUUAUUCGUAUGUGUCGGCCAUAAAAUGAUGAGGAGAAGUAGUGCGGCAGUGUGUAUUUACUUUGGAUACUUGUUGCAAGAUUUAGAAUGCAUUUUCAUUUUCACUUCGAGUUUUUCUUUAGACUAGUGAAGUGUGUCCUCUGUAUGACUUCCGCAUUGUCAGCACCAGCGGAUUUUAGACCAUGCGGAAGAAAAUGACACAGCUUUUUGAAUGCUAUGCAUGUAUGUGUUCGAUGCUAUGCCACCAUAAGCAUUUUCAGCUUCCAUAAGACCAAAAUAUUCAUGGCUUGAAUCACGCAUCUUGAUCCCGGGGCAUUGCAACUGGUGCAACUACAGAUUACUAUAUUUUGUUUCCUAGCAUUGGCAAUGCUUACCUGGUAAGCUUAUUUAUCAAUAUAUGCAGACUGCUGCAUUAAUGGAUGAAGAAAACAGUGGAGAUUGUAUUACCACGAUACACUCUUUUUCCCCCCAAAUGCUUUGGGAUCAGAAGUCUCACUUCUUGUUAUGAUACACCGAUGAUUUUGCAUGUCAAGCCUUAUGAGAAUUUGGUCUUUAGAUGAGAUAGUCUCUUUGCUUCCUCCUCGGAAAGACAUCUGGGAUAAUGAUUUUUAAAUUGCAAUUCUCUUCUAAAGUCAGGUGCAAGGAAGGUGCUGGAGCUCUUCUUUAUUAACAGGAAUUGUGGUGAUUGGCGAUGCAAGUUCAGCUGGCUCUAACAAAAAUGGGGGAGUGGCAAAGGACAGCAGAAAGUGAUGUUGAAGUUUCUUCGGAAUAUAGUUUACAUGGAAGGCAAGAAACUAUCUGCUUCAUGGUUAAGCUACUUCUCCCUUCGAGCAUGUUCUUAGAUUGAUUGAUUUGUUACUUAACAUCGAUUUGAAGGCUAUCUACUUUCAAAAGGAUACAUGUUGUGCUUAUGAUUAUCUAUAUAAUGUAAUGAUGGGGAUAGUGAAAAGCUAAAAUGUGUGAGAUUUGCUUAUA